CAGGGCACCAAAAACAGUAUAAAUAGGAGUACGAAUCUCCGACGAUUCUCAUAUCCUUCCUUUGUUCUCUGCUCUGCUGUUACGCGCGUGUCGUCAACUCUCUCACUCUCUCCUCCUCCUCUCCCAGUCAAACCCCACUCCUCCAAUUUCUAAGGUUUAGGGUUUAAGCUCGAAGCAAAUCAAUUCGCUAGCGUAUUAUGCAGUUUGGGAUUCGCCAUUCAUGAAAACGAUGAAGGAUGACAACAACACUAAGGAGGAGGAGGAGAAGAAGAAGAAGAAGAAGGGUUUCAUCACUGAAGAAGACACCGCCACUCUCUUACAGAGAUACUCGGCGACGACGAUAUUGACAUUGCUGCAGGAAGUGUCGCACUGUGUGAACUCGGAGAAGAUUGAUUAUGAUGCGUUGGUGGCCAACACUACAACUGGGAUCACCAAUGCCAGAGAGUAUCAGAUGCUUUGGCGACAUUUGGCUUAUAGGGAGCCUUUGCCUGACAAGUUCAUUGACGGAGAUCGGCCUAUGGAUGUAGAUAGUGACUACGAAUAUGAUGUGGAAGUUGAUCCUGCUGUUACUGCCGAUGCUUCAACAGAGGCUGCAGCAUGUGUGAAGGUCCUUAUAUCUUCUCGUUUACCAAGUGAUCCCAGUCAUCUUAAUGGUACAACUGUAGAGGCUCCAUUGACAAUAAAUAUACCAUCUGCUCCAGCAAAAGGCAUGAACAUUACAGUUCCAGUUUCUAUUCAGAGACAGACCCUUCCUGCUACAACAACUGCUGCUGCAGAAAAAGCUGAAGGAGAUGAUGCAAAUACACCAGCUAGCAAUAUAAUGCCUCUGCGGAAGAAACGGAAAAAGUGGUCAGCAGAGGAGGAUUUGGAACUUAUCAAUGCAGUGAACGUAUAUGGUGAAGGAAAUUGGACUCAAAUCGUAAAAGCAAACUUCAAAGGGGACAGAACUGCUAAUCAGCUAUCUCAGAGGUGGGGUAUUGUUAAGAAGAGACAAAGGAAGAUGGGUCCGGCAGAAGAAAGUGCACCGUCCGUUAAAAAGGAGGCAUUGCUGGCAGCUCACCAGGCAAUGACCCAUUUUUUAGAUGAUGGGCCGAACAGAACACCUAUUACAGUGGGCACUGGCAGAACAAAUGUAAACAGCAAUCCUGCUGAAACAAAUGCAAACAUUGGGGUGCAGAUUUCAACUGCUGAAGGCCUUAAUGCAAAAACGAGUCGGAUGGGGUCAUUUGGUCCAACUCCAAAAGGUCGAAUUACCUCCAAGAAAACCUUGCCGAAGUCCAAUGUGGAUGCAGAUCGCUUAAUAGCAACUGCAGUUGCUGCUGGGGCACGCAUUGUCUCUCAGUCAGAUUCAGAUGCUGAACUUCUUAAGGCUGCUACUCAAGCAAACAACAGUAUCCAUGUCAUACCUCAAACAGGGGGUUCUAUGAAAUCACCUGCUGUGCGUCAUAUUCGUACUGGCUUGGCUGCAACAGUACCUUCCACCCAUCCACCCACUAGACCCCCUGGGUCCUUAAAAACAGCUGUAUCCCGGCCAAGUCAGCAAGCUUUAAAGACGGACACAUCCAGAACGAUAACUGGUGUUAACAGUUGCCCUGAUGCUGAUGUCUUACCAGAGCAGGUCCAAACUGGAGAACAUCUCUCUGGUAGGGGACAGAUUCAAGAAGGUAAAGUGGAGUUACCAAAGCAGAAUGCUGCGUCAGAAAUCUUAUUAACCAAUGGUCAGAAUCCUGCUGGUUCAUUGGACGCUAAGAAACAUGGGAGUAAUGAUAAAACCUUAAUUGGUAAUGAUCAAUCGACUGGAAAUGGUGAAGACCAAAUCACAACUCAGGAACAGAGGACAGAUGUUUCUGACAAGGAUCUUAAGCAAGGAGGAGGCAGCCAUUGA